AUGAUUCAAAUCACUUUUAAAACUGUCACCAACCAGGUCUUUUCUCUCGAGUUGGAACCCACCGAUACUAUUGCUGCUGUGAAGGCAAAGAUUGAAGCUGAGCACAAGCACCCAGUCGCCCUACAAAAAGUCAUAUUUGCUGGCAAAGUCCUGGCAGAUGAAAAGACAAUGGCUGAUUUGGGUGUCAAGGACAAGGAUCUGAUGGUGUUGAUGGUAUCAAAGCCAAAAGCCGCUACAUCAUCAUCAUCCGCAGCUGCUCCUGCUCCUGCUCCAGUCGCUGCAGUCCCAGCUCCAACCACUACCACAACAACCCCCGCUGCUGCAGAUUUAACACCAACAACCACCACCGCACCUUCAACUACACCAGUCGCUGCCGCUCCAGCAGCUGCCGAUACAGCUUUUGCUGGUUUGGCAACUGGAGGUGCCCUCCAAAGUGCCAUAACCAGCCUAAUGGAAAUGGGAUAUACAAGGGAAGAAGUCAUGAGAGCCAUGCGAGCUGCAUUCAACAACCCUGAUCGAGCAGCAGAAUAUCUAUUAACGGGCAUUCCAGAUAACAUUGCCGCAGAAAUGGCGGCCGCAGCUCCACCUGCAGGUACUCCAACAACCGGUGCUCCAGCUCCAGCUGCAGGUGCUCGUCCAGCAGCUGCCGCAACUGGUGGUACUCCAGCUCCAGCCGCUGCCGCUCCACCAGGAGGAUAUGUCAACCUGUUUGACCAAGCUGCUCAACAACAACAAGGUGGUGGAGGCGGUGGUGGAGGAGGACUUCCUGCUGCAGGUGGUGGAGGUGGUUUAGGUGCAGGCGCAGGAGGUCUAGGCCAUUUACGAAACUCGCCUCAAUUCGCUCAAAUGAGGCAACUCAUUCAACAAAAUCCUCAAUUGUUGCAACCUAUUCUACAACAAGUUGGUGCAAACAAUCCUCAGCUCAUGCAACUCAUUCAACAAAAUCCAGACGCCUUUUUACAAAUGUUGGCUGACGGAGGUGAAGGUGACGAAGCUGAAGAUGCAGCAGCUGCUGGUGGACAAGGUGGAUUUGGAAUGCCUCAAGUAGUACACAUUACACCGGAAGAAGAUGCUGCCAUCAACCGGUUGGUUGGAUUGGGCUUUGAACGUGCUAUGGCUAUUGAAGCUUUCCUCGCUUGCGAUAAGAAUGAAGAGUUAGCUGCAAAUUACCUUUUCGAUCAUAUGGCUGGUGAUGACUUUUAA